GCCGCUGCACUGGGAUACCAGACAAACAGCUACCCUCGAUCCCAGGCAGGCAGGGCCCCUCUUCAGGACAUCAUUAAAAGCGCAUGCACUUGCUCCACAUCCAUUGGCAGAUGGUGGCAAGAUUCAAGACUCCUACCCUGAAGUCAAGGAGAAGCCAUCGCGCUGGAAAACAUCCUCGCUUUGAAAAUCCAAAACGAAAUUAAAGAACUACACGAGAUAAGGAGCCUAGAGAACAUUAGUUGGCUGCAGGGGUGAGGAGAGACACAAAAAGCACAGCAGGUAAGAGCUGGGGGUUUUUGCCAAGAAGGAACUGUCCCGGGUGGCGCAGAGAAAAGGAUCUCAGAACUGGAGUCCUGUCCCUUUGAGUCUUCCAUGCGUGCUCAAGCUUGUCAUCUUCCAUAAGCUUCGAGAGGAGGGAUGUUGUCAGAGCAUUCCUUAUCGCUGCGACUAAUCCUGUUAUCAGCUUGGUGAUAAAUAUUUAAUGUUCCCUGGCCCUUCGGUGAUGAUGCCCCAUCAGAUUCAAGGCUGUUAAGAAUCCCCACCAGCAGCCUCGCUCCUCCCUGCGGAAAACCGAUGAGAGGCAGGGCCAAGCCGAAGCGAUGGCGGCCUAUCCGGAGAGCUGCGUGGACGCCACGGUGCUGGGCUUCGUUGCAGACCUGUCCCUGGCCUCCCCGAGACGCCCUCUCCUCUGCGACUUCGCACCUGGGGCCUCCUUCAGGGACCCAGCCCUUGCGCUCCGAGAGGGAAGACCCAGGAGGAUGGAGCGGUUUGAGGAGGGGGGCCCAGAAGAAGAGGACCAGGGGGACGGGGAAGAGGAGGAGGAAGAGGAGCGCGGGAGAGGCACCUCCCUAUUAGGCCGCCCCAAGAGGAAAAGAGUGAUCACCUACGCCCAGCGCCAGGCCGCCAACAUCCGCGAGAGGAAGCGGAUGUUCAAUCUCAACGAGGCCUUUGACCAGCUGCGGAGGAAGGUGCCCACGUUUGCUUACGAGAAAAGGCUGUCCCGGAUCGAGACCCUCCGCCUGGCCAUUGUCUACAUCUCCUUCAUGACCGAGCUCUUGGAGAGCUGCGAGAAGAAGGAAAGCGGCUGAGCCGGGUGGGGAGAGUGCCCCCUCCUCGUCUGGGCGCGCUCGGGCUGGGGUGUGUCGGGACCGGGCGCGGGGUGCGGCCGGAGGGCAAGGAGGGACGCCCCAAGACAGAACGUCUGGCCUUCUGGAGCUCGGGUUAGGGAUUGUAAGAUCCCCAAGACCCCCGAGCAGAGUGGCUGCUGUAGAGUUCUUACCUACGCGACUACCCGUCCUAAGUGGAGUCGGUGUCAGGGGAGAGCCGGGAAGUCAGAGCGCUUGAGGAUAAGGGGCCGUCCAGGCUGCUU